AUGACCUCUCUCUCCCGACUGCUCGACGGGCCCGAAGGUGCGAACGGUUACGCCGCAUCGUCCAUCGCUUCCUCUUCCACCCAGCCAGCGCCGGCUCCGAUGGCUGCUCCGCCGCCCAAGCGCAAGAGGCCCAGCAGGGCCGCCGCCGCCUUCAUCGACGAGGAGGACAUUGCCAACCGCAGGUCCUCGCUGCGCCAGUCGACCCGCCCAGCUCGCCGUUACAACGACGAGCUGUACGACGACGGCGACGGGUUCCUCGGGCGCAGCAACGGCCGCUCCUCCUCCGCCGCCAUCUACACCCAAAACGGCGAAGAAGUCGCCUCCGACGAAGAAGGCGACGGCCUCUUGCGCUCGACCUCGCACAUCUGGCGCGAGCCGCUCAAGACGUAUGUCUACAACUUGCAUGCGCGGCGACGCCAGGUCGAGCGGGACGUCGAGGACGACGAAGCGAGUCGCAAGUUCCUUGUUGCGGCGAGGGCGGUCGAGAUGGCGGAGAAGCGUAUCCCGGCGAUGCGCGAGAGGAGGGUUGUCCGGCUCGUCGAACUCGAGCAUGAAACCGAGGUGCGUGCGCGGGAGGAAGAGAUCGCACGUACCAAGGCGGAGGAGGAGGACUCGAAGCGCGUCAAGAAGGAGCAGGAGAAGGAGGAGCGGUUGAAGAAGCAGCGCGAGGCGGCGAGGCGCAAGCGCGAGGAGGACCGCCUCAAGCGCGAGCACGAGAACGAGCAGCGCAAGGCGCGCGCGGAGGAGGCGAGGAUCGCCAAGUUGCAGGAGGCGGAGCGCAAGGCCAAGUUGACGCCCGAGGAGCGCGAGGCGGAGGACAGGGCUUUGGCAGAGAAGCUGGCGCGCGAGCGCGAGGAGGCUGCGCAACGCAUGCGCGAGAUGGAGGAGGAGCUGUUAACGAGCGGCCGCGGUGCGCGCAAGCGCAGACGGCCGGGCGAGGACCUCGAGGCGGAUGCGGCGGACGCCCUCUCGUCAUUCGGCAUGUACGCCGAGUACGACGAUUUCGACGACGAAGACGACAGCGGCGUCUUCCAGGCGCCGGAUGCGAAGAGCCGCAAGGGUAAGGGCGCAUCGAGGCGGUCCUCGUCGCUUGCUGUCGACACGCCUGUCCUCCCGCCCGGCGCCUACGCCGGACCCGACGGCCAGUACUACGACGCCUCGGGCAAUGCGCUCGCCUGGCCUCCUCCUCGCAUCUCCGAGUCGCCCAUGGUCGGAGACGACGACGUGUACGAGGGCGAGGCCGCCAAGGGUCCGGGAAAGAAGAAGGUCAAGCUGUCGCCCGAAGAGCUGGAGCGCAAGAUCUGGGUGCAGAUUGCUCGCAAGGACAUCCCCAAGGUCUCCAAGGUCCAGCAGCAGCAGACGACAUCUCGGCAGUUCUUCUCCAAGCGACUCGCGACCGUCGUCUCUCGUGAGGCUCGUCGCGCAGCAACCCGCUCGAAGCCGACCAAGGACGUCCAGACCCGCGCCAAGCGCGUCAUGCGCGAGCUGAUGCUGUACAUGAAGGGCAACGAGAAGCGCGAGCGCGAGGCGCGCAAGAAGGCGGAGAAGGAGGCGCUCGAGAAGGCGAGGAAGGAGGAGGAGGUGCGCGAGGCCAAGAGGCAGGCGAGGAAGCUCAACUUCCUCAUCACCCAGACUGAGCUCUACUCGCACUUUAUCGGGAACAAGAUCGAGAGAGCGUUCGUUGCCGCUUCCCAAGGGCGCAUACUGACUCGCCUACCCACAGCGAGCGAGGCGGAAGAGUCUGCCGACACUGCGGGCGAGGCCAAGGCUCCCGUCGCCGCCGAGCCCAGCGCCUCACUCAAGGCUGCGAUGGCUGCUCGCGAUACGCAGGGCGAGCUGCGUGACCUCAACUUUGACGAAGACGACGAGGAGAACGCCGCGCUGCACGCUCGUCGGAACGCCCAAGCUGCCGUCGACAAGGCUCGCCAAGCUGCUUCCGCAUUCGAUGCUACGGCGAAAGAGGCUGCUCAGCCUGCCGCGUCCACCUCGAACGCCCCCCUCGACUUUGACGGCGACGACCUCAACUUUCAGAACCCCGAGACCGGCGGCGAGCGCGUCGUCGUCAAGCAGCCCAAGAUGCUCGCGUGCACGCUGAAGGAGUACCAGCUCAAGGGUCUCAACUGGCUGGCGAACCUGUACGAGCAGGGCAUCAACGGUAUCCUUGCCGACGAGAUGGGUCUCGGCAAGACGGUCCAGUCGAUCGCGCUCAUGGCCUACCUCGCCGAGGUGCACAACAUCUGGGGCCCGUUCCUCGUCAUCUCGCCCGCGUCGACCCUGCAUAACUGGCAACAAGAGAUCACCAAGUUCGUCCCGAACCUCAAGGCGCUGCCCUACUGGGGCAACACGAAGGACCGCGCCGUUCUGCGCAAGUUCUGGAACCGCAAGUCGAUCCGCUACGACAAGGAUGCACCCUUCCACGUCGUCGUCACAUCGUACCAGCUCGCCGUCGCGGAUGAGAAGUACUUUAAUCAGGUCAAGUGGCAGUACAUGGUGCUCGACGAGGCGCAGGCGAUCAAGUCGGCGUCGUCGGCUCGCUGGAAGACGCUCCUCGGCUUCCGCUGCCGUAACCGCCUUCUUCUCACCGGCACGCCGAUCCAGAACUCGAUGCACGAGCUGUGGGCCCUCCUCCACUUCAUCAUGCCCUCGCUCUUCGACUCGCACGACGAGUUCAGCGAGUGGUUCUCGAAGGACAUCGAGGGCAGCGCCGAGAACAAGGGCGCGAUGAACGAGCACCAGCUUCGCCGCCUGCACAUGAUCCUCAAGCCGUUCAUGCUUCGUCGUAUCAAGAAGAACGUGCAGAACGAGCUCGGCGACAAGAUCGAGGUCGACGUCUACUGCGACCUGACACCUCGACAGAAGGCGAUGUACCGCACGCUCAAGGAGAACAUUUCGAUCACCGACCUCGUCGCUCGCGCCUCGACUCUCAAUGACGAUGACAGCGUCAAGCGCCUCAUGAACCUCAUCAUGCAGUUCCGCAAGGUCUGCAACCACCCCGAGUUGUUCGAACGCGCCGACGUCACUGCGCCGUUCGCCUUGGCCGACUACAACAAAACGGCGAGCUUGAUCCGCGAUCCGGACGUCCUCGAGGUCCCGUACGCCACGCACAGCGCCAUCGAGUUCACGCUUCCGAAGAUGCUGUAUCGCGACGGCGGCUUGCUUCACGUUCCCGGGACGGGCUCUCGCGCCGGCAGCGACAGCUUCUACCUUGAUCGUCUCCUCAACAUCUGGCGUCCCGAUCAUGUGCACAGCUCACUCAAGGAGAACGAGUCACCAUUCGCCUUUGCCCGCGCGCUCGACCUCAGCCCAGCCGAGCUGUACCAGGCGGUCUCGGCACAUGGCAUCCUCCGGCUCGGUCUCGCCAUGAAGCGUCAAGCAGAUGUUGAUGCCACCGUCUUGUACGAAUCGUCCAUCGACGACACCGACGCUCCCGCCCGCAAAGGUCUCUGCAGCCUCGUCCUCUCCUCUCCCGCCGCCAAAGUCACUGCGAACGUCUCUGGCCGACAGCACGGCUUGACGCCGCUCGCCGAGAUCGAGCGCAACUUCUCCCGCUCCUCGCCUCUCCUUCAUCCCGACGCGCGCUUCUACUACGACGCAGCCGUCGCGCCCGCUAUCGACAUCUCCUGCAGUGAUCGCUCGUUCGCGUACGAGAACGAGCAGGAGCGCUUCGACGACCUCUUCCACGCCGCCUUCUUCGGCCUGCCGCCCUCGUCACGGGAGUCGCGCGCGGCGAUCCAGGAGUACGAGGAUGCCAUGCCAGGCUUCUCGCCGCAGGGCGUCGUCGACCUCACCGAACCCUCGCACCUGCCGCUGCCGUCCAUGCAGGUCCCGCAGCUGCAGAAGCUCAUCCUCGACUCGGGCAAGCUCGCCAAGCUCGAUGCGCUCCUCACGAAGCUCAAGGCCGAGGGUCACCGGUGCCUCAUCUACUUCCAGAUGACGCGCAUGAUCGACCUGUUCGAAGAGUACCUCGCCUUCCGCCAGUACAAAUACCUCCGCCUCGACGGCAGCUCGACCAUCUCGGAGCGUCGCGACAUGGUCACCGACUGGCAGACCAAACCCGAGCUGUUCAUCUUCCUUCUCUCGACUCGUGCCGGUGGUCUCGGCAUCAACCUGACGGCCGCCGACACCGUCAUCUUCUACGACUCGGACUGGAACCCUUCGAACGACGCGCAAGCCAUGGACCGCGCACACCGCCUCGGACAGACGAAGCAGGUCACCGUCUACCGCCUCAUCACGAAGGACACGGUCGACGAGCGGAUCGUCCAGCUUGCGAGGAACAAGAAGCUCGUUCAGGAUGCCGUCGUUGGCUCGUCGGGCGCUGCCGCUCCGAGCGAAGGUCCGGCCAAGGCGAACGAGGUCGUCUCGCUGCUUCUCAACGACGACGAGCUGGAGGAGAGUCUCCGUCAGGCCGAGAAGCGUCGCAAGCGCCUCGAGGAAACGAAGCGCGAUGCAGGCCAGAGGGGCGCCGCCAAGCGUGAGGACAACCGCAGGCAGAAGAAGGCGGCUGACGCGGAGCAGGCGCUCAAACCGAGCGGCAUGGGCAUGGACGACGAGGAGGACGGCUUCUCCUUCUUCGCCGACGUCAAUCAGACGGCUGCGAACGACGACGAUGCCGAGCAGCCCGCCGGCAGCGGGACCGAGACGCCGCAGCCGCAACCGAAGCCGAAGGCACCGCGGAAGAGGGAGGUCGAGCUCGACGAGAACGGCCAGCCCAAGGCGAAGCGGAAACGACGCACCAAGGCAGAGAUGGAGAUCUUCCGCGCCGAAGAAGCGGAGCGCAAGAGGAAGCGCGAGGAGGAGCGCCUAGCGAAGAAGGCUGAGAAGGCCGCAAAGGGCGGGAGGCGAUGA